AUGAACAUCAAAAUUCCGACUCUGAAAACCGACGAACUCCCAAGUUCUGAUGAAAAAAUGCUUCCCGAGGGUCCGUUCCAGAAAAGUGUAAGUUCUGGCUGCUUAUCAUCAAUGGACUGGAUACGUGAUGUUCCAUUGGGACCAAAUUAUCUGAUUCCCGGCAUGGACUUGGGGGACGUUUAUGGGAUGCGAAGAGCAUUCAGUGAGGGAGACAUAAAGACUCUUGGUAGUGGUAAUAUAAGCCUCCUACCAUCCCCAAUGGGGCAAUCACAGAUUAUCGGCAGUUGCACUUCUGAAGGGCGCAAGGAGAAGCUAUCCAGAUACUGGAGCAAGAAGAGUAAGAGGAAUUUUGACAGAAAAAUCAAGUAUGCCUGCAGGAAGGCCCUAGCCGACAGCCAACCAAGAAUCUGGGGAAGAUUUGCAAAGACGGAAGAAAUAGACACGCCCAAGAAGCAAUAA